CCCACUCAUUCACACAUUUCUUGAAUACUAAGUCCUUCCCGCAUCCCGCAAUGUCGGCCGCCAGCACCGAGACCAGCGCCCCGCUGCCCACCGCCGGAAGCCGCGUCUUCUUCCAAGGUGCGCCCGGAGUUGGCUGCGUGGGGUCCGGCCCCAUCACCGGCACGGACGACCCGGUCCAGAAAAAACAGGGCAAAGUGACGGUCAAGUACGACAGGAAAGAGCUGCGGAAAAGACUCGUCCUGGAGGAGUGGAUCAUCGAGCAGCUCAGCGAGUUGUAUGACUGUGAGGAGGAAGAGAUGCCCGAGGUAGAGAUAGACAUAGAUGACCUGUUGGAGGUCAACAGUGACGACGAGAGAGCCAGCAAACUACAGGAAUCACUAAUAGACUGCUACAAACCAACAGAGGACUUUGUCCGUGAGUUGCUGGGCAGGAUAAGGGGAAUGAGGAAACUCAGUGCGCCGACUAAGAAGGGCCUAUAAUGGCUGUGAUGCCAACCAUCAAUCAACCAUAAACUACGUCAUCUCAGCUCCACCUACUUAACCCACUCAACAUGGACUGUCAUCACACAGAAUAACUUAUCUAAACAUUACAGCAUUAGUAACUAUUUUGCGCAACUUGCAAACAGACACCAUAAACUCCAUGCAUAUAGCACUAGCCAUUCAUUUCACAAUCACGUAGAAUAACAAGGUGUAUUAUAAUAUUUGACUGUUGAAAAGGUACAUAAGCAAAACAGAGCCAACAUGGUUAAAUAGCAUUCAGCCACAAUAAAAACGUCACGCCCCGGAACGUGCCAGAACUGCAACUGUGCUUUAACAUGAAUAAUACCACAUAAUGCCACAUUUCAGAGCCAUGUUACAAGCUGAUACUGUAAUCCCACAGCCAUACAGACUACAACACUGACAAAAGGGGAGGUGGUAAAAAAUAUGUUUGUACUACAGUAGGUGUGAAAUUAGCUGUAGCACUAUGUAAACACAGUGCUUCAUGAUUUUGUCAUUUUUUUACUGAGGUGUUUUGCUGUUACUUCUUUUUAAAGAAAAUGUACUGUAUGUUGCCAUUUAUUGUUCAUGUGAUUGAAAAUGUGGUCUUCAGCAGUUUUCGUUCUUGUCCUACUUUAAAGUCACCCUGCUUAUCCUUACUCUGUCAGUGCUUGCAAAUGUAAGGGAGCUCUCUGUAGUUUUAUUUUAAGCACAAGGCGUUAAUGCAUUAAUUCUGUCCUUGUGUGAUUUGUAAACUCUGGAAAGAGUGGGGAUAUUUUAGCAAGCAAGGCUAAAAUAAAAUAUUUUUGCUUUUUACCCACUUGUAUACUUUUCACCACAGCAAGGCAUGAUGGGUUUUGCAGUUCUUUAUAUGAGACUAUAAAACCUGUAUGAUUGGCAGCCUUUCACUUCUAAUGUCAUGCAGUGUUGUCCAUUACUCUCCCUCAUCAGGAAACAUAUCAGUUGGUCGUUUAGGUUUAAGCACAAAGCCCAUUUCUCACACUCUGGUUCACUUAACUCUGCUAACUUGCCUCUCUAAUAAGUGGUUGAAGUUGCCUUUAAGGACAUUCAGGAUCAGUUCACUUUUUUCUCAGCACUGAACCUUAAUUACUGACAACCGAAAAAGGAAAAUACGGUUCAUUUAGAACCUAAGGACAACUUGAAACUUUGACACUUAAACCUGUCAGGUCCUGUAAGGGAAGGUGUGCCAAAACUGGGAGUAUUACAUCUUAAAGGUCAUGGCAGCAUUAGUGUGACACAGCAUUUCCACAGAUUGUUUGUCAAGUUUGUGAAACAUCUUCCGAAUUUUAAGAUGUUUAAAACUUUUCCAGGAUGCAGAAAACAUGUUGUAUUUGCAUAAUCCUAGGUUUAAGAGGUGGAUUUAGUUAUAUAUUAUUGUUAAUGUGCACCGACACACUCAAAAACCUGUAAGCUCUGGUACAAUCAUGACUCUGUUAUGGGGUUGGGCCCAGUUUCACUUCCGAGCAGUCAAUCGUGUACCGACGGGAAUGGAGCAGACCUAAAUCUGCCAUAUGAUACACACCCUCAGCUGCCAAAGACAAAAGCAGGGCAAUGUUUGAGUUUAACAUAACACUUGCAAAGCACCCGUCUUGCAUGCUAACAACAGAGAGAAAAAACACUGAUAACAAAUAUAGAUAUUAUGAACUUAUAAUCAAGCAAAAAAUACUUUUUUGACUUAGCUACCAUGUCUGACUUUGUAGAACUUUUUGUGUUGAAACAACGUGACGGUCACGUUGGAGAGAAUCCAGGAAAAAUUUUAAAAAUGGUGCUGUUUUUGAUGUUCUUCCCAGGUUUUGGUUGUAUAAAAACACAUUUUCACUGUCGAUUGAUGCCAGAGAAAUGUGUCUGGAAGAAAUGUGUCUGUCUUUAUUGAUGCGGUGCAUAGCGUCUAAAGUGGCUUCCUCUUUUGCAUCUCCUUUCCUCAGCGUGGGCUGGGCUGGAUGGGUGUCACCGCACUCAGAUAGCGAUGGUUUAUUUGUUUAAAAAAAGAUUGUGUGUUUUCUGGGUCAGUGAAUUGGAAGGAAAAGUUGAAGAGGAAGCCAUUAUAGGAAACCGAGAUGCAUCCAGGACUCAUGUCGAGGUACUCCAUAGGAUUUUCUCUGUCAAGAAACAGUUCAGGGGCAAUAGGCUGAUAUUUUAUAAUUUAUGGGGUUUCAAGUGGAGAGUAUUUUGAAAGUGUCCAUACUAGAAAGCUUUACGUUUGCAUGUAUUUUUAAAGUCGCAUGUUGAGGGGAACAUUUUGUUGGCCCAAAGGUUUUUAAUUUCACAAAAUAAAACACUUUCCUUUUUUAUACCUUUAUUAUUAUUAAGAAUAAAAUAUUCAGUUUUUCAGCUGCAGUUUUGUUUUUCUGUACAUCCACAAUAAGCGUUCUUGUUUUUAAAAUGUAAUGUGGUGUGUGGUUUGUUUUUGCUGAUAAUAAAAAUGCAGAAGGACUCUGUACUGUUUAAACAGA